AUGUCGCUGGCUGCUGCCCCGUCUCCUGGCCUACCCGUGCUACCUGCUGUACCUGCCGCUGAUGCUGUGCUGGCUGUUCCUGACGCUCCUGCCGUUUCUGCUUUUCCUGUACCUGCCAAUGUCAUCCCAGUCCAUGGCGUUGCUGCCCCAGACGCUGGUCUGUCCGGACAGGUGCAGCAGGGCCCUGUUGCUUCAGCAACAGCAGCCCCGGCUCCAUCCUGGAUGGCUAACAUCACGUCUGUCCUGAGGAAGCUGACAAAGAAGAAGAGGAAGAAGAGGAAGGUGUCGUCAUCAGCAGCAGCCUCUUCCCCUUCGACUUCCAAGGCUACCCAGCCGCGGAAGAAGAAGGCUGCCUCCCCCCUUCCUAAGAAGGCACCUUCGGGAACUUCCGCUGGUCCUCCCGCUUCUUCAGGAGUAGGGCCCUUCCCUCCUUCCGCAAAGAAGGUACCGAGUGUACAGUCACCCACUGGUGGCCGUGCAGCCAAGACCCAGACACCAGAGCUAGCUCGGCACCAGGAUCACGGCACGGAGCAGAAGGCUGGCAAGAGCCACUCAGAUGACUCUCGCCAGGCCAGCGGCCGCUCUCGUAGCGACCAGGCGGUCACCCGGGUUGACGUGACUGUCCCAGACCGGCCACGGGCUGAGGCUGGGAAGAGGUCCCCCCGAUCACUGGCACCAGCCUCACCGUGA